AUGGCUUGUAUCUCAAACUCCAAGACUACGGGGCCUGAUAACCAUCGACAAAUUCGCAGAAUGUACGUCCCCACGGACUUCCAGGUCCUCCCUCUUCUCUUAAUCGGCUUUGCCACUUAUCAACUGGAUCGAACGAAUAUUUCAAGCGCAUUAACCGGCGGUUUCGCGGCUGCCAUCAAUGUGGACCAGAGUACAAUCAAUCUCGGGAACCAGCUGAUGUUCCUGGGCGUGAUUGUGCUUGAAAUACCCUCGAAUAUAAUCCUGCACUCAAUCGGACCACGAUGGUGGAUCGGCGGGCAGGUCCUGAUAUUCGGCAUCAUGGCCGCGCUACAGAUCUUUGUCCAGAAUAGAUCUGGAUUUCUUGUCACGAGGACAUUCCUCGGGUUAGCAGAGGCCGGGUACAUCCCUGGUGCGAUGUACACUUUAUCAUGCUGGUAUACGAGAGAGGAGCUCACGAAGCGCAUCGCGGUGUUCUUCUUCGGGAUGUUCGGGGGUACUGCGGUUUCGCCGCUACUAGGUGCCGCGUUGUUAACGUUGGACGGAAAGGGUGGAUUAUCAGGCUGGCAGUGGAUUUUUCUAGUGGAAGGUAUAUGGUCGAUGCUGGUAGGAAUCAUGCUACUGGCCUUCCUCCCAGAACGACAAAACAUCCGAACAAACACACCCGCUCAAAGCGAUGUCUUGGAAGAUGUAGAAAAGCAGCCAAGCGAUGUCACUAUCCAAGAGGCUCCCAGCCAAAGCCAGCACAUCUCCCUCGAAGUCGUAUGGAAAACACUAACCAACGUCCAAAAAUGGCCGCAUUUCCUCGCUACAGCCUGCGUCUUUGCAACAUGGAGUCCGCUCACAACCUACACGCCCACCAUCAUCAUGUCCCUGGGCUAUUCGCGCAUCGAAUCGAAUGCGCUAGCCGCAAUCGGAAACUUUAUCACCCUGCCCGUCGUUUUGUUUUUCGCGUGGCUGAGCGAUAGAACAAAGCAACGCGGCCUGACUGUGAUGGUGGCUAUUACCUGCUAUCUGAUUGCGGUGAUUCUUCUGAGAUGCCUUCAAGCGCGAGUUGGGAAAUGGGGACGAUUCGGGCUAUGGACGACGGUAAAUGGGCUGGCGGUUGGAUACCAUCCGAUUCAUAACUCGUGGAUUCAGAUGAAUUGCAAGAGUCCGGAGGAGCGGAGUAUUAUUGUGAUGACUGCAACAGGUGGCCUCAUGGGAGGACAACAAAUCUUUCGCAAGGACGAGUCCUCGACAGGCUAUCCUAGAGGAUUGGUGAUCAUGAUUGCUCUUAUUGUGUCAGGUCUAAUCCUGACCGCAGGACAGAUGGUCAUUUACUUUUUCUCGAACCGUCGGAAAAAGAGAGUAGGGGUAUCAGGGGAGCUUGAUGUCCUCUAA